AUGGGGGCUGUGGUACUAAAUCAUUUUGAGCAGACGGUGCGUCCUUUUAUGGAUUUUGUGGAUCAGUUGCGGGGGCUUGGUGUUGAUCAAGAUGUGCCUUUACCGACCAUCGCUGUGAUUGGAGACCAGAGCUCAGGAAAAAGCUCUGUGCUUGAGGCCUUGUCUGGUGUCCAGCUGCCCAGAGGCACUGGUGUGGUGACUCGAUGUCCCCUGGAGCUUAUCCUGAUCCACAGUGAAGACACCGACUGGGAGGGGAAGAUAUCAUACAGACAUGAAAGUAUAAAGUUGGAUUCUCCUGAGCAAGUGUGUGAGGAGAUCAAAAAUGCUCAAAAUCAGUUGGCUGGGAAAAACUGUGAGAUCAGCAAUGAACGAAUUACUGUUCAGAUCAAAUCCAAAACCACCCCAGACCUCACCCUUAUCGACCUGCCAGGAAUCACACGGGUGGCAGUGGGGGGACAGCCUGAUGAUAUUGCUUCCCAGAUAAAGAGCUUAAUUUACGAGUACAUCAUGAACAAGGAGACCAUAAACCUGGUGGUGAUCCCGUGCACUGCUGACAUCACUACCGCUGAGGCCCUGCAAAUGGCACAGGAGGUUGAUCCAGAGGGAGAGAGGACCAUUGGUGUCCUCACUAAGCCUGACCUUGUGGAUAAAGGAAUGGAGGAGAGAAUCCUCAGCAUCAUUAGAAACGAGUUGAUCCCUCUGAAGAGAGGAUAUGCCAUCGUCCGCUGUCGAGGACAAAAGGAAAUCGAUGACAAAGUCUCGCUUUCUGAUGCCCUCAACUUGGAGAAGAGGUUUUUCAAAGGACACCAGAAUUUCAGGAAUUUACUCGACAGCAAGCAGGCUGACAUAAACAAUCUUGCAGAGAAGCUUUCAAGGGAACUCCUGACUCUGAUCAAGAGUUCACUUAAUACUAUAGAGGCAGACAUUUUCAUGAAGUUACAGAAGGUAGAAGAGGAACUUAGCCUCAUGGGGAAUAUUCCGACAGGCAGCCGAGAGAUCGCCAGAUUCCUGACUGAGAAAAUCAAAGACUUUUUGGAUGACAUCCAAGCGCUGACAAAUGGCGAUAUUUCCAAGCAACUUGUAAAAGAAGCAAAACUUUACUGCUUCACCCGUGACCAGUUCUCAAAGUGGCACCAGACUCUGGAACAAAGAGAUGUGGACAGUGAGUACAUCCUCUCAUUUUCAGAUGACCUGGGAAAAAGAGUUGAGAGCACUCUGCUGCCCUUGGCUGAGGAGUUUAUCCAGAUCAGUCGAGGGAGGCAGCUGCCAGGAUUCCAAAAUUACAGUCUAUUUGAAGCAUUGUGUCAAAGGCUUAUUAAAGAGAUGGAACCUCAUACUUUUCAGCUCUUGUCAGCCAUUUCUGAUAAAGUCCUGGAAGCCCUCAAUGAGGUGGCCACCAUGCAUUUCAAAACCCUGCCCAACCUCCUAAAACACACAAAGGAGAAAAGCAGUCAGAUCCAGCAGGCACAAAAAGCACACUCAGCAGAGCUCAUCAAGACACUGUUCAAAAUGGAGGAAAUGGUAUACACCCAGGAUGGGACGUACUCCUACAAGAUGGAUGAGCUGCAGGCUCAAGACGACGACAAUGCCAGGGGCAAAGGCCGCAGGAGGAAUGAGCUCUCAGAUCUGAUGAAGCAUGUGAAAACGUACUUGAAGAUCUCUUCAGGUCGCUUGGCUGACAUGGUGCCCAUGAUUCUGCGCUUCCACAUGCUGCUGGAGACUGGGGCAAAGCUGCAGACGGAGAUACUGCUCGUACUGCAGGACACAGAGGGUUUGGAGCACAUGGCUGAAGAAAAGGAGGACACAGCAGAGCACAGGCGCCGCCUAGUGGAGAGGCAGGACCGGCUCAAAAGGGCAAAAGAGCAACUGUUGAAAUUCUGACACCACAGCACCUGACUAUUGUGACAUCAUGGAUGCUUAGCUCUAAAAGGGGGUAGUGGUGAGACAGUCUUGAGUUCACUGAGAGCUUAAAAUAAAAUAGUCUAACAACAUCUUUUUUGUCUAACUUCAUCCUGUUUGAUUAUUUAUAUACUUUUUUUCCAAGCCAGUC